CGCUAAUUGAAAAAAACUGUUGACGAAAACAAGGGGUACGAAAAGGAAAGUUGAAACAGAAAAACAUGCACACGCAAUACGCAAACAAUAAACAGAGUUUAAUCCCCUUGGCAUUUUCUGAUCUGAGGAAUAACUCUGACACAACAUCCUGCAUUUUGCACUUUGCCACUCAAUAUCUCAAUUUGUGUCUUUCUUACAAUCCCAAAUCUUGAUUCAUGUGAUGUGAUCGAAAAAAGAUUGACAUAGUCAAAAUCUUUUCCUUCUCUUGUUUCUCCUAAACCAGCUAAUAAAACCCAAAUUAGUUUGAGUUGAUUUUAUCAAUUGUCUACAUUCAUUUCAUUCAAUUUGAAACUGUAUUCUAUUGUCAUAACAACAAAUUUCAGAUUGAAAUGGGUGGUUGUUUCAGCAAAAACAAAUAUACACAACAAGAUGGUAAAGGUUAUAGGCCAAGAACAAGAACAAGAACAAGAAGUACUGGUGCAUAUCAACAUUACCAACAUCCAGUUUAUUAUCAUCAUAACUAUCCAAGACCACCCCAAGAAAGACCCUAUAAGCCCCAACCACAACCACCACAACAACAACAAAAAAAACAACAAGUGACUACUGUGAAAAAUACUCAACCACAUAUUCAAGAACAAAGAAUAGAACAAGAUACAAUUUUGGGUAUGCCAUUUGAAGAUAUUAAAGGACACUACACACUUGGGAGAGAAUUGGGUAGGGGUCAAUAUGGAGUGAUUUACCUUUGUACUGAGAAUUCAACUAGGCAACAUUAUGCUUGUAAGUCUAUAUUAAAGAGGAAGCUUGUGAGUAAGAAAGAUAAGGAUGAUAUUAGAAGAGAGAUUCAAAUUAUGCAGCAUUUGAGUGGGCAACCAAAUAUGGUUGAAUUCAAAGGUGCUUAUGAAGACAAUUAUUCAGUGCACCUUGUAAUGGAACUUUGUGCUGGAGGAGAGUUGUUUGACAGAAUUAUUGCCAGGGGAUAUUACUCUGAAAAGGAUGCAGCUGAUAUUAUCAGACAGAUAGUCAAUGUUGUCUAUAUUUGUCAUUUCAUGGGAGUUAUGCAUAGAGAUCUCAAGCCAGAGAAUUUCUUAUUGACUAGUAAGGAUGAACAUGCAAUGCUCAAGGCUACUGAUUUUGGACUUUCUGUCUUCAUUGAAGAAGGUAAGGUGUACCGCGAUAUAAUUGGUAGUGCUUACUAUGUAGCUCCUGAAGUAUUGAGGCGAAAUUAUGGAAAAGAAGCGGAUGUAUGGAGUGCAGGUGUUAUUUUGUAUAUUAUACUUAGUGGUGUACCUCCAUUUUGGGAUGGUAAGGACAGAGAUAAAAACAUAAUAAGAUUCUGUACUAGGUGUUAUUUUCUGCACUUGUCUUUUAACAUGUCUUGCCAAAUCUUUUCAGAAACUGAAAAGGGAAUAUUCCAUGCUAUACUAAAAGGAGAAAUUGACUUUGAAAGUGAUCCAUGGCCAUCCAUAUCAAAUAGUGCCAAGGAUCUUGUUCGAAAAAUGCUAACACAAGAUGCGAAAAAAAGAAUCACAUCAGCAGAAGUUCUUGAACAUCCAUGGCUUCGAAGUGGAGAAGCAUCCGACAAGCCGAUAGACAGUGCAGUGCUCUCCAGAAUGAAGCAGUUCAGGGCAAUGAACAAGCUCAAGAAACUAGCACUGAAGGUCAUUGCAGAAAAUUUAUCUGAAGAAGAAAUUAAGGGUCUGAAAGCUAUGUUUGCAAACAUGGAUACAGACAAUAGUGGGACAAUCACUUAUGAAGAAUUAAAAUCAGGAUUGGCUCGCCUUGGAUCAAAGCUUUCAGAGGCUGAAGUUAAGCAACUUAUGGAAGCCGCUGAUGUGGAUGGAAAUGGAACGAUUGACUACAUUGAGUUUGUUACUGCAACAAUGCAUAGACAUCGACUUGAAAGGGAUGACCAUCUGUUCAAAGCUUUUCAGUAUUUUGACACGGACCAUAGCGGCUUCAUAACAAGAGACGAACUUGAAAGUGCUAUGAAGGAGUAUGGUAUGGGUGAUGAGGCCACCAUCAAGGAAAUUAUAGCAGAGGUGGACACAGACCAUGACGGUAGGAUCAAUUAUGAGGAGUUCUGUGCGAUGAUGAGGAGCGGAACACAACCACAAGAUAAACUCUUUUAGUUCCUUGAAACAGUAACCUUGCAAGCAGAGAUGUUCAGUAGCCAGCAUGAUAUAGAGAGCUGGGCUGCGAGAAGAGAAGAUUCAGAAAAGGCGGAAAAAGUAUUCUUGAUGUACUAGUUAUACCUGGUACCUCCAAUCUUUUUUUACUUGCUUUGACUACUUUGGAAAGCAGCGGAGUACAGGAAGCAUUUUGGUGUACAUCGAAUUUAAAGCAGAAUAAAAAAUUCAUAUAUUUAUAAUUUAUAUUCAUUCCGCCCCAAAAAGAAUGCAGUAUUACUAUUUGAGAAAUCAAACAGUCUUUCUUUUAUUAUGAUUUUUUCAAAUAAUUUUAAUAUUUUUAACAAUAAGAAAUUUGUGAUUUAUAGUACUUAAGAAAUCGAUGUCUGAAUAUAAAAUGAUAGCUAAAUGUGCUGA